CUCUCUCUCUCUUUUGUGAGUUAUAGCAACCGUUGCCUUGUGAAUCAAGCGCCAUAGUCACCGUAGUCCUGGCGACUGUUACCCAUCAACAACAACUACUCCUCUCCUCCUCCUCCUCCUCCUCUUCCUCCUCCUCCUCCCCACCACCACCAUCUCCAUCACCCACCAACAACACCACAAUAAUCCACAGCCAAGGAGACCUGUUUAUCCGUGGUGCUAUGGAAACUAUAAGAGAACUUCUCUCUGAUGUCUAUCACCUACCCCCUCUGUCACCUCCAGCUGUCUCAGAGAUUUUUAUCAGAGGAAUGUAGACUGGAAUCUGCAAUGGUUCUCAAAAUCCCAAAGUGAGACCAUCAUGCAGACUUCAGAGACGGGUUCAGACACAGGUUCGACAGUGACUCUGCAGACAUCUGUGGCUAGCCAAGCAGCAGUGCCUACACAGGUGGUACAGCAAGUGCCAGUCCAGCAGCAGGUGCAGCAGGUACAGACAGUUCAGCAGGUCCAACAUGUCUACCCAGCUCAGGUGCAGUAUGUGGAAGGAAGUGAUACUGUCUAUACCAAUGGAGCAAUCCGAACAACAACUUAUCCCUACACAGAAACACAGAUGUAUAGCCAAAACACUGGAGGAAAUUACUUUGAUACUCAAGGAAGUUCUGCACAGGUGACAACCGUGGUGUCCUCCCACAGUAUGGUGGGUACUGGUGGGAUUCAGAUGGGCGUCACAGGAGGCCAGCUCAUCAGCAGCUCGGGAGGAACCUAUCUCAUUGGCAAUUCAAUGGAGAAUUCUGGUCAUUCAGUGACACACACAACCCGGGCCUCCCCAGCGACAAUUGAAAUGGCGAUUGAGACGCUGCAAAAGUCUGACGGUCUGUCCACUCACAGAAGCUCUCUUCUCAACAGCCAUCUCCAGUGGCUGCUGGACAAUUAUGAGACGGCAGAAGGAGUGAGCCUUCCAAGGAGCACCUUGUACAACCACUACCUUCGACACUGUCAGGAGCACAAGCUGGACCCAGUCAACGCUGCCUCUUUUGGAAAACUAAUAAGGUCCAUUUUUAUGGGCCUACGGACUAGGAGAUUAGGCACUAGAGGAAACUCCAAGUACCAUUACUAUGGGAUUCGUGUGAAGCCAGACUCUCCUCUUAACCGGCUACAAGAAGAUAUGCAGUACAUGGCUAUGAGGCAGCAACCCAUGCAACAAAAGCAAAGGUACAAGCCUAUGCAGAAAGUGGAUGGGGUUGCAGAUGGUUUCACAGGAAGUGGCCAACAGACAGGCACAUCUGUUGAGCAAACUGUAAUUGCCCAAAGUCAACAUCAUCAACAGUUUUUAGAUGCAUCUCGAGCACUUCCAGAGUUUGGAGAAGUUGAAAUCUCUUCUCUGCCAGAUGGUACUACCUUUGAGGAUAUCAAGUCACUACAGAGUCUUUAUCGAGAGCACUGUGAGGCAAUAUUGGACGUUGUUGUGAAUCUUCAGUUUAGCUUGAUAGAGAAACUGUGGCAAACAUUCUGGCGCUAUUCCCCAUCUACUCCAGCUGACGGCACUACCAUUACGGAAUCAAGCAAUCUGAGUGAAAUAGAAAGUCGACUUCCGAAAGCAAAGCUGAUAACUCUGUGCAAACAUGAGUCUAUCCUGAAAUGGAUGUGUAACUGUGACCAUGGGAUGUACCAGGCUUUGGUGGAGAUUCUCAUCCCCGACGUCCUUAGACCCAUUCCUAGUGCCUUGACCCAAGCCAUUCGAAAUUUUGCAAAAAGCCUAGAAGGUUGGCUUUCAAAUGCCAUGAACAAUAUUCCACAGAGAAUGAUUCAAACCAAGGUUGCCGCUGUAAGUGCCUUUGCCCAGACUCUGCGAAGAUACACAUCGCUCAAUCACCUGGCCCAGGCAGCCCGUGCAGUGCUUCAGAAUACUUCCCAGAUCAACCAGAUGCUCAGUGACCUCAACCGUGUUGACUUUGCCAACGUCCAGGAGCAGGCUUCCUGGGUGUGCCAGUGUGAUGACAACAUGGUUCAGAGACUAGAAACAGACUUCAAGAUGACCCUGCAGCAGCAGAGCACUCUGGAGCAGUGGGCUGCUUGGCUGGACAAUGUGAUGAUGCAAGCACUGAAGCCCUAUGAAGGAAGACCCAGCUUCCCUAAAGCUGCCAGGCAGUUUCUGCUCAAGUGGUCUUUCUACAGCUCAAUGGUUAUCCGGGACUUAACCUUACGCAGUGCUGCUAGCUUUGGCUCCUUUCACCUGAUCCGGCUGCUCUAUGAUGAGUACAUGUUCUACUUAGUAGAGCAUCGCGUUGCUCAAGUGACAGGAGAGACGCCAAUAGCAGUGAUGGGCGAGUUUGGUGAUUUAAAUGCUGUGUCUCCUGGAAAUCUGGAUAAAGAUGAAGGCAGCGAAGUAGAAAGUGAGAUGGAUGAAGACCUGGAUGAUUCUUCAGAGCCUCAGGCCAAAAGGGAGAAAACAGAGCUGAGCCAGGCCUUCCCAGUGGGCUGCAUGCAGCCUGUUCUGGAAAGUGGUGUGCAGCCCAGCCUCCUGAACCCCCUGCACAGCGAGCACAUUGUUACGAGUACACAGACCAUCAGGCAGUGCAGCACCACGGGCAACACCUACACUGCAGUCUAACAGCAGGAAAGCAGAUUCCUCCAGCUUAUUCUAACCCCACUGAUACUGGGCUUAAGCUGAAAUUUUAACAAGCCUGAAGGUUGACUGUUGUCAAAAGUCUAUCUGUGCUGAACAUUACCUUUGUGGAGUUGUGAAAUGGAAUGGGUGUAUGUAUUUUUCCAGGUCUUUUUUUUUUUUAACACAAAUUAUUCACCUUUUAAUAAUAGAGCCCCCCCCCCCUUAGUUUCAGGUGUCAAGAAAGAUUUUUACAACACUUAAUGUCAUUGUUUUUGUUUUCUCAUAAUUAAAAAGUAAUUUACAUUUUGUAGCUUAAAAUAUUUUAUUGUUGAUUGUUAGUCUUGGUGUAUGAUUUUAUGUGUAAGUUUUUUAAUUAGAUGCACUUCUGUGAAAUAUCAAAAGAAAUGAAUUUCUUUGAUUUACACUGGAGGCAUGCCCAUUUGGCAGCAGAUGCAUCAAAUUUGCUUUUGAAAGGUGCUUUUCAUUGGACAGAACCAUAAGACACUAUUUUGAUAACAUUUUGGAGUAUGGAGAGAGAAUACAGAGCGUUUUUAUUAUAGUGGUAGAGGGUUGGGAAGGUCAUCUAUUUUUCUCUGAAAAAAAAUUGAGCUGUGCAUUUAUCAGUUCAGGGUAACUGACAGAAUUACAAGAGAUUAUGCUAAUAUGUACAUAAUUUGUGUACAUAAUUACUAAACCACGUUAACAAUGCAAGCUUCCGUUAGACAUUGACUUUUAACUAUUAUUUGUGUACCAAUUCCUCUGUUUAAAGACUACUGAUUCUGUAUUGGAACCACUGUACAGAUGCAUUCUGCUGUUAAGUGGGGCUGUUAUAGUUAGAUAUUGCAGCUGAAAAAAUGACUUGACUUUUUUUUUUAAGUGUACAUGCUACUUAUACUGAACUGGACAUACAGGAAACCAUUCCAUUUGGAUGACUUUCUUUUAUUCCAGGUCUUUUUUCUAAUAGUAGUUCAAUAUGCUGCUAUUAUAAAAGAAAAUGUAUAGAAUGCAAGGAAUGUAGCGACCUGCAUAUUGUUAUUUCCUGGUUUCUAAGAUACAAGGAUUUAAAUUUUACACAGAACCUGAAGGCAGUGUGACUGGCACACCUCACUGUUGCUGACCCCGACUCUAGGAUUUGGAUAGGUGGCUGGAUGGACCAUUGCCAUUGAAGAACGCACAUCAGGGAUCAUCGUACCUCGGCUAUUACAUGGUGCCUUAAAACAGAACUGAGCUAAGGUUUAGUAAGGUUUAUUUUGUUCGUGUGAAUAACUCUUCAAUCCAUUCGGUAAAGUGUGCCUGUCAUGCUCAGAUUCCUGACGUAAAGACAGGUCACAUGUUCUUCAAGGGGAAUUUAGGGGAAAAUUAAGCAAAACAGAGACACAAAAACUUCAGCUUCUCUCUGAGGGACUGUGAGUGGACUUGUCUAUGUUUUAUCCUUGGAGCUGAAUAUCACUUGAUUACAAAUCAGAUUGCUAAGGGUGUGGACUAGCAGUUUUCAUCCAAACAUGUUACAUAAAGAUCAUGUGUUGUAGACCAUUCUUAUCUAGUUACAAUUCUAGAAAGUUAACAGAAUAAGCAGGUACUUAUUGAAGUGCAUCUUUUCAGUCUAAAUGUCUGUCUGUAUGUCUGGAUGUCUCUGUGUAUAUGCACACACACACACACACACACACACACACACACACACACACACGCAUGCACACAUAUGGAACUGGAGUUUGCUACAGUCAGAAGGUGAGAUCCUAAAGUGCACAGGCUCAUCCCCUUUUACUUUGUGUGAAAAGGCAGGUUCUUUUAACUCAAACUAUCAACAACAGCAUCAAAAAUAGCAUCAAAAAAUCCUUUCAUUUAAGUAAUUGUAAAAUUAAAUCAGUGAAAGUCAAUAAGGAACUAAGUCAAUAAAGCCAAAAAUGGAAAGGAAAGCACAAAUGAUACACAAAUCACUACUGAGGCCUAUAUUAAACUGAAGACUUCAUCUUUCCAGUUUGGUUGGAUGAAGGGUAUGGCUGAGGAGAAGAGGCUGCACCAAUCUGGAAAGUUAAAAAUACCAAAUGGCUUAUCAGGAAACAGUCUAUUGAAACUGUUAUUGCCUGAUUGUCUCAAACUUCUGAAAAUCAACAGCAGUUCUUAAGUGAAAUUUAAAUGUCUUACAUAUAAUUUUUAAUGGAUUCAGAUUUUGUGUCGAGCAACUUACACACAAGUCUCCACUGGCAUCCAAUCAUCGCCUCAUUACUGAAGAUCCCAAGGCAAUGAAUUUGCAAGCCCCUCCCCUCCAUCAUUCAUCAUAAGCUACAAAAGACCAUGGACCUACUUCAUUGUGAGUUAGAAAAUGUUUACACAUAAAAUUCAAAUCGUAAACUAGCUCUCUUCACCUUGACUCUCCUUCCUGAGCUCUUUUAGUUUCUUGUCUGUACCUGUCAUCCCCAGAUGACAUCAUGUCUGUAUUGGACCAAAUGUAUUUACUGGUUUCACUGUGUUUAUUGGUUGACUUUUUAAAAUGUAUUUGUAUUGUUGUUUCAUUUAAUUUAAUGUUAGAGAUAUUUGUAUCAUGAGAGGAAUCAGCUAACAAUGAACAGACAUAGAUUCAUGAGAGGGAGGGACUGAGUGGCCUCCAGAAUUCAACAUUUCUUCCAGUUGUUCAUGGUUUGUUCUAAAUUAGGCAGAGUAGAAAUUAGUAAAUAUUAUUAUGGUUGAAAUUGACUCCAAAAUAUUUUGAACUCUUUAGAAAUAUUUAAGAACAUUAAUCUUUUUAAAUCAGUGUAGAUAACUCUAAGCAGUACACAGAAAAGAAUACCCAUGGCUUAUGACACUUGUAGUCAUUUGUAGUAUAUUGUACACACAUUGAUUUUGGAUUUGAAUUAUGAACUAUAUUAGAAAACAAAAACAGUAAUUUAUAUGCAGGCAAAAUUUAUAACAAUCACAUUUGUUUUAGUCAUUUAACAUUCUGUUUCUGUUUUUCCAUUUAUUGAAAUUGGCUUUUCUAAAUAAUAUCAGCCACUAACAGUCUUAUAGUAAACGUAUUGACAUAAUACACUUUUUAAGGACUUGCUGGUAUUUCUUAGCAUUAUAAUCAAAUGCUAGUCUUGAAAUACAUGUAUGUGAACCAAGUGCUACACUCCUGGUGUGGGAAAGGUGAGGGAGGUGGGUGAGCUAUUGGCACAUUUCAGAAGAGAUGUCCAUGUAAUACACUUUGAGUGUCAUAGGUAUAGUUUUAUAUCGGCAAAUACUUUGAGAAUUAUAGCCAAAAAAUUUACGCUUCCAAAACCAGUGAACAAUGGGUGGAAUGGGUGAAACUUCUGGGAACACAGGGCCCAGUUUUUUAUUUCCCCUUUGGAUACCAAGUUACUAAGAACUUCAGGACUUUUGUCCACAUCUUGACUGUAUGACUCUUACUGCCUUUUCCGAAAUUCGAGUUCCUUUUUGUGACUUUUUUCCUUGUACUGUAUAGCACGGUUCAUGCACCUCUCUUUAGAUGGUGUACUUUAAAAACAGAAGUAAAACACACAAAUGAUUUUCUCGCUGCAUACCUAAAGUUAGUAGUGUGUGACAUUAACUGCCUUUGAUUUGUAGUAGACGAGCAAGAAUGAGCACAUUCUUGCAGAACGCCGUAGACG